AUGCCGCAGCUCCGGGCGGCCAUCAAGGAGGGAUACCGGGUCGGCUUGACCGACUACAACUCCUGCCUCUUCGAGGCGAAGCGCAUGCUUGUGGGCUUGGAAAUCAAGCAGCGCGACCUGGCCAUCGCUGAGGACCUCCGAGCGAAGCGAGGGGAGCUCAACCGCCAAAUCCUCAAGGAAAAGGAGGAGAAGGCGAAGAUCCAAGAGGAGCUUUCGAUGCUCACGGGCAAGCUGCAGAAGAUCGACGAGGGUCUGGCGCGGAAGAUCCAAACGCGAAGUGAGUAUGUCAAGAAGAUCCAGGAUACCGAAGCGGCUUACCCCGAGUCCUCGCCGACUCUGCCGCGUAAGAAGCCUUUGCCGCCGGUGCCGGUGUUCCGCGAGGCGUGUGAGCCGCGCCGCAAGAGGAUCCGGCUGGUGUGA